CGGAGCAGGUGAAGAAAGACGGGAAUGGAGCGGGUCCGCCGGGGGGGCCGAACGCACAGAAAGAACCGUUUUUAAGGUUACAUGUUUUCUGGUUGUUCCGGUGAAAGCUGACAUGCAAUGACACUUAUCUCCGAGCCACCAUGUCUCGCCCAGCUAAGUCCCGGGGUGAGAAGGGUCGCACUUUCUCAGCCUCUGUGCCUCCUCCCCUUCCUAGUCCAGCCAAACCUGUGGACAUCAUACCAGGCCGCCUUUCUAAGUCUGAUUGGCUCGCCAUGGUGGAACAGGAGGAGGGAGAGGAAGUGGUGGCAGAAAUCCUACAUGAGCUGAUGCAACGUGUCAUGGAAAAAUGUUAUAAACUGUAUCUGGAGAGGCAGCUGGUACCCUUUGUAGUUUCCCGUGCACAAGAUACCCUGGUGCAGUUAGUGGGGUGCUUGUUCCCAGGGAGGGAUGAAGGAGAGGGCCUUGACAGCACCCUCCACUGGGUGGAGGAUACUGAGCCCCAGCCAUGUAGUACAGAUUCCUGGGCACAGGGUUGUGUGCCUGUUGUACAUGCCAAAAUGCCACCUCAUGCCCUCGAACAGGAUGGCACCAAGGAGCAUGCUUCUCAUAAAAAGAAAAUGGACUCUAUGGAACCGCAAGGACGCUUAAGCCUCCAGUCUGUAGCGCUGAUGCCAACGCCACCACUGAAAAAAGAACAAAGGAGGACCAGACUCCCUCCACGCAGAGUGGUGCCCAAGGUUUCAGUUUCAUUGCCACGUCUCAUAGGUUCUCCCAGCUCUUCAGUAAGCCCAAAAGAGGAGCCUCUUCUCAGGAACCAACAUGGUAGAGCUAAAACUUUACCUAAACCUAUUGACUCCAGAGUAACAAAACUGGAUCCAGGCCAUUAUCGCAAGCAGAUAGUGUGGCCUGCAUUUGAGGUGCUCGAGCCAAAUGUUUCGCAGCAUUCCCCACAGAAGGUAAGCCCGGUGUCACGGCCUAAACAGGAGAAACGUUAUACAAGGAGAUUUGCGAGUCAAGGACCUUCAGCACUCUUCUGCAGUCCUCAAGCAUCAUAUCAGAGAAGCUCCUUGGACGGAGGCCUUCGUCCACUUUCUAGCGAUAGUGGAUGGCAGGAGCAGGACCAUCCCCAGCCAUGGGUACCCCACACGUCUAUGCUGCAGCUGGACUCCAUGGAGUUGUCCCCAGGAGUGGUCCUGAGAGACCCUCUCGACGUACACAGCAGCUCUUACAGGAGACUUCACGAACCUGAUCACAGGCAGAAUCUGAAGCCCAUUCGAAGCAGCGUGCCAACCCCACUGCUGUCUGUGCACCAGGUUGUUUCAGGACCGCCUUCAUGUAUCCCCAGUCUAAGUUUAUCUCCAGAUAAUGAGUAA